UUAUCAUGUGUUCAACAGACAACACCUAAAUUUUAAAAUAAGCCUGUUUUAUUUUGGUUCCCAGAUUGAGCUUAACCGUAUUUAACCUUUAAAUAAUAUUGGACCCGAAUCGAAUAAACACUCCAAGCAAAAAAAAGACGACGUUACCGCAAUGAUGGGCACACGGGCUACGGAGCACCGAGGAUCUAGGAGGCUGCUGGCAGGUCAGAGCGUUCAUGAGCCCUCUGUGUGCGAGGAACCCGACCCGCUGAACACCUAUGUGGAGAAACCACUUACUAUGUACCAGUGGAUGCGGUGGAGCAACUGCAAGACCCAUAAGCCGCACCUAGAGGAAACAUACCCCUCCAUUCUACCGCCGAUAUCCAGAUGCGACGAUGCCAAGACUCUGAAGUACGUCGAAGAGGCCAUGGAGGCCAACAAAUGCAAACACUAUCCUAAGGAAGAUGUGCUGGCCGUAUGGAACCAAAGUCCCCAGAAGGAGUCCUUGGGCUGGUAUGGCAUUGGAUCGCAGUACCCGUCUCCACAGGCCGUCCUCUAUGACCGCGCUGUGAAGAAGAGCCUAAAGGCAGCUAGUCUUUUGCCAAAGCCGCCGAAGAAGUCGAACAUAAAGCCCAAGUGGCAACUGGAGAAGAAGCCCCCCCAACCUGGCGCUUUUGUUCUCAAUCGAAAAUGUCUGACGGCGAAGCUCGACAGGAUGCCAAACAUAAGACGCCAACUGAAGUCGACCAACGUAUUCUCCUGGCUGCACUGUCCCCAGCCAGCGGAUCCAACUCGUCCGUUUGAGGAUAGCGCCGGCUACCCAGCGAUCAGCAGGGAACAGGCGAUGGACAUGGUGAAACCGGAAAAGCCCGCUAAGCACGGCCUCCGACGCAAGCACUGGUACUGCCCCCCGAAGUGCGGCGAGGUGGAGAACAAGUGCACCGAUUACGAGUGGGCCAAGUACAAGAUGGAUCCCCGGCCCGACAACGAGGCCUUCCAACGCGAGAUGGCCGCCCAACAGGCAUUCAAGCAGCCGGAGCCCCGAAACUACGAUGAACUGUACAAGUCGCUGGUGACUUGCUUCGUUCAGGACCCGGAUGGAAAGAACGAUCUCUGCCAGGCGCUGGAGAAGUGCUGCAGGGAUCCCAAGGAUCCACCUGUCCAGGGUUGUGGCGAGUUCGUGCCGGAUGGCGCUGGAGGAGAUGGUGAGUCGGCAGGGAAUAAGGACAAGGGUGGGGACAAGGACUUGGACGUUGACAAAGACGAGAACGUUGACGUUGAAGACGAGGACAACGACAAGCAGAAGGAUAAGGGAAAAAAAGAUGAUGGUGAAGGGGACACUGGAAAUGAAGGUAUAGAAGACGGUGAUGAUGAUGGAAAAGACAAAGGGAAGGGAGGCCAGAAGGAUAAGGGGAAGGGGAAGGGUGAUGGCGAAGGGAACAAGGGACCUGAGAAAGAUGGAGGGGAUAAGAAAAAGGAAAAGCCGAACGAAGUCAUUGACAAGGAAAAGGAUAAAAACAAAGACAAAGGCAAAGGCAAGGACAAGAAACCCAAAGACGAGAAUUCCAGAGGCUCUGAGGACCGUCCUCUAGUGCCCCGCAGUACGGAUACUAUUCCCGCGACAGAAGGAAGUCACCGAAGUGGCGAAUCCGGCGGUCAUGGUGGCGCCAGCGAUGGAGAAAAGGAUUUGGACAAAAACAAGAAAGAUCCCAACAGGACUGACAGUACAAUAGAUCAGAAGCCGCCGAAGGACAAGGAUAAGGGCAAGGGCAAAGGUAAGGACAAGGGCCCGAAUAAAAACAAGGGCAAGGGGAAUAAGAAGGACGAUAAAGGUAAUGACAAGGACAACACUCAGGCCAUCCCGACUGACAAUGACUGCCCUUGCGAGAUCUGCUGUCCGCCAAAAGAAGAGGACACUCCGCUGAUCAAGGAGAUGCGCCGGCGGGAUCGCGAGCGCCAGGUGCGUGAUUAUCUCCGCCAAAUGCGUCACCGCCAGUACAUGGAGUGCAAGGACCUCAAUUACCCGAGCCCGCACCACAAGUGCGAUGCCAUCCAGUGCAACGACCAGUUCUGUAGCAAUCCCCGCAUGCAAACCCAUUUCGCCAGAGUCCAGGCCGUUCGAAGCCUACAGCAGAUCCUGCAGAAGCGAAAUCGCAAAGGCGAUGUCAAAAUCUCCAAUGAUCUGGACUCGCUUUUAACACGGCUUUGCAAUAGCCUGACCAUAAGUGGAGGUCACUGCAGGUGACCCGGCCUCGACUGUGUUUUGGUGAUGUUUAACGAGUCCGAGUCCGCAGUUGUAACUUGUGCUUAAGUUUUAGUGGUGUUAAUGUCUUGUGCUGAUUUAAAGCGAUCUUAAUUGCGUCCUUUAAAUAAACUCGAAUUCCUAGCUGA